AUGCGAGCCACACUGGUGGCCAUUCUUUAUCACCUCUCCCUGGUCUUUGCACUGGUUGAGAGACGGACAGAGCUAAGACCGGCCAUCUCCCCAGCGGCUUCACACUGGAAGAGGAGUGCAAGACUUGCUAGCGACCAGGUAAUCCAAAUCGACCUGGCCCUUUAUGCGUCCGAGCAGUACUCGCUGCCCGCACGCGUGGCCAAGUACAUCGACUACGUCCUGCCCGCUCCGGAGCCGGACCCGGUUUCGUCAGCUCCGCAAUCUGUUGCCGUACCGCCGCUGCCGCUAGCGGGCGGAAUAGGCGCUCGUCAAACCCGCAACAUCGACUGCUUGCAAUACAUGGCGCCGCAAUGCCUCCGCCAGCUGUACAACAUGGACGACGGCGCCGGCCAGACAGCCCACCCCAACAAUUCGCUCGGCGUGUACACGGCCUCGUACGGCGCGUGGGUGCCCGAAGACCUCGACAUGUUCUUCACCGACUUCGCCCCGGACCUGUGGCCCGUCUUCAACCUCGAGGCCAAUCUCGACUAUCAGUACACCAUGGCCAUGGCCAAGCCGGUGCCCGUCACCAACAUCCAGGUGGGCGACCUCGUCGUGCAGGGCAACCUCAACAUUAUGCUAGCCGCCUUCAACAAGCACUACUGCCGUACAGGCCUAGACCCGCAGUUCGAUCCCGUGUACCCAAACCCGCUGCCGGGGGGUUACAACGCGACCGACUGCGGCACGCACACGCCGCCGCGCGUCAUCGCCAUCAUGUACGCGUGGAACGAGGCCUGGUACUCGGACGCGUACGCCCGCCGCCACGAGGGCCAUUUCGCCUCGGUUUUCCCGGCUUCGUGCCCCUGGGUCACAUCGGUCGGCGGCACGCAGUUCCUGCCGGUGGACGACGCGGCUAGUGGUAGUAGUGUGUCGUCGUCGUUCCCGGGCGAGACGGCGCUCGACAACAACAGUACCGUGUCCUCGGGCGGCGGCUUCAGCCGUAUCUUCCCGGCGCCCUGGUACCAGGGCAACCUUACGCGGGAGUACCUCGCUGCUGCGCCCGGCGCGGCCGAGCUGGCGAGGCAGGGCUACUUCAACGCCGCGGGCAGAGGGUACCCGGACAUCUCGGGCAUGGCCAAGAGCUUCCUUGUCAGCCUGCACGGCGGGUACCGCGCCGUGUCGGGCACGUCAGCAUCGACGCCCGUCGUCGCCGCCAUGAUCGCCAAGAUCAACAAUGCGAGGCUGCACGCCGGCAAGAGCACUGUCGGAUUCCUCAACCCUGUGCUGUACGCCGCCCGGAACAGAGGCAUACUGCGGGAUGUGCACCAUGGCAAGAAUCACGGGUGUGGAGUCAGCGAGGCGUUCCCGGCCAAGCAGGCGUGGGAUGCCGUGACGGGGUUGGGAACGCUCGACUUUGAGAAGCUGAAGGGCCUGUAUCUCCGUUUGCCGUGA